AUGGCCAUGGCUCCAAGCGGACCCCGCCCCGUGCUCCUGCUGACCCUCGCCCUGCUGGUAGCCAGCCUGACCCUGUCCAGCGGGAUGCCAUGGAAUCUGCUGAAUGAUAUAUUCAAUCAGCACCAUGUGGACCACCCAAAGACCCUACCCUCCAACCUCAACACCUACUGCAACAAUAUGAUGUGGAAGCGGGGAAUAUACUGGAAGCUAGUCAACACCUUCAUUCACAAACCCAUCCCAUCCAUCAACAGCAUCUGCUCUGGGGGUGGGACUGACAUCCAAGGUGGCCUACGCAGGAGCACUGCUGUCUUUCUCACCACCAAAUGCACAUUUAACCCGCUGAUCUUCUCUUACACCGGCACACAGAUUUCCCGUCAAAUUGUCAUCACCUGCUGGAAGGGGCUCCCUGUGAACUAUAGGGAAUAG